AUAGUCUUGUGAUCGAAGUGUUAGUGGGGUUUUUUUACCGCAAGAAAAAAAUAUGAUGUGGGAAAAAAAACACAAAAAUAACAAGCAGCUCCUCGAUGACCUUUCACCUUUGAUUAGCAAACAGGGAAGCAGCAGUCAUGGACGGAAGGAGACAUGACCCACCAUCGUACUGCACUGCAGGCCGGAUGACAGAGUGAGACGUCAAGCAGGAGAGAUCCGACACACCAGGCCUCUAAACGGUUGUGAUGGUGCUCGAGGGUGGAGGACCUCAGACGUGAGGCUUUAGGGGUGCAGCAGUGCGGCCCUGGCACGGCCGGACAACACCAUGCAGCAAAAAGGAGCCAUCCGGAUUAUCGAAUGGGAGGACCUGGACAAGAGGAAGUUCUACUCCCUGGGCCUGCUCAUGACAUUGACAACGCGGGCCACCGUGUACCCUGCCAGCCUCAUCCGCACCCGGCUGCAGGUGCAGAAGGGCAAGACUCUCUACUCGGGCACGGCGGACGCCUUCUGCAAGAUCCUGCGAAGCGAGGGCGUGCGGGGCCUCUACCGCGGCUUCAUGGUCAACACCUUCACGCUGCUCUCGGGCCAGGCGUACAUCACCACCUACGAGCUGGCGCGCAAGUACGUGUCCCAGUACUCGGCCAGCAACACGCUCAAGUCGGUGGUGGCGGGCGGGGCGGCGUCCCUGGUGGCGCAGACCAUCACGGUGCCUAUAGACGUGGUAUCGCAGCACCUGAUGAUGCAAGGGCAGAGCGAGCACAUGACUCGCUUCAGGGCCAAACCCAAAAUGAUGCUGAGCACCACAAAACGCAGACUCACUUUUGGGCAGACCAGGGAGAUUUCGGUACAAAUCUUUGCGGCGGAUGGCUUGAGGGGCUUCUACAGGGGCUACGUGGCUUCGCUGCUCACCUACAUCCCAAACAGUGCCCUCUGGUGGCCUUUUUAUCACUUUUACACAGAAAAGCUGUCUUUGAUCGCACCCAGCGAGUGCCCCCACCUCAUUCUGCAAGGGUUGGCAGGUCCCAUGGCUGCUGCCACCGCCUCCACCAUCACCAACCCCAUGGACGUUGUCCGAGCGAGGGUGCAGUUGGAAGGCCGCUCGUCGGUGGUGGAGACCUUCAAGCAGCUGCUGGCGGAGGAGGGCGUGUGGGCUAUGACCAAAGGGCUGUCGGCCCGCAUCAUCUCCGCCAUGCCUACGUCGGUGCUCAUCGUAGUGGGCUACGAGACCCUCAAGAGGCUCAGCCUCCGGGCAGACCUGGUCGACUCCAGGCACUGGUGAAGAGCCUCUCGCCGCAUUUUUACCUCAUCGCAGCGUUACCACUAGGCCAAGACACUGCCAAAAAUGUACAAACUUUAUUUUGAAAUCUCUUUAAAAAUGGACCGUAGAGUGAUUACAAACUGCUGUUCAUUAUAUGUGAGAUUUGCAACAUUAAGUGUUACAACUUUUUAGACGGCAGAACCUCCAUGUGGAUUUUUUUUUUUUUGUGCCAAAAUCUGCCUUGAGAGCACAGCAGAUGUCUAGUGUGCAUUCCAGUGACCAUACUUCAAAAAAAAAAAAAAAUAGAAUGCACCUGUGUAAAGACAAAAAUAUGUUUCAGGACACCUAAAUAGCAAAUUCACUGUUUUAUUAUAUGUGCUGCAGUUCUAUGAACUUUUUAAAUAUAUACUGUAUACACACACACACACAAACCUUCAUAUUUUGUUUGUGUCUAAUUUUUAUGACACAAAGCACCAACAAGUUAACGAGCCAGAACAAGAACCACAACAAAAACUGUCUUUCGUUAAAAACGCAAGGACGCUUUUCGGUGCCUGUUUGAACUGGAUUUAUUUUUUUUUAAAUAGCAGCACUUCAAUGAGGAGCAUUGAUGGACUGGUGCUGAGCUUCUCACUUAAAUCCACCGACUACCUACUGUACUGUAUUGUAUGCCUUUCUAGGAAUGUUUGCUGUAACUGUGGGUGAAUGACAUGAAUAAAACAAUCUGUACAGAG